AAGGACUCUUCUCCACGUGUAUAUGUUCCACUGUGUGCCGACCAUCUUCCUCGAUCCCACUCUCUGUGCCUUCUCUUCUAUAAGACUCCCUAUUCUUUGUUUCAACCACCACCCUCGAAGCAAUGGACUCAACUGCGAACCAGUCACUGGAACACGAGAGCCAGCAUCAGGAGGGCCGGCAGCAAGGGAACGAACACGCUAUUCCAAUCGCUUUUAGCAGCACCUCACACCGACGUGCAGCAUCCCUCCCUUUCCCUACAGCAUCCACAGCCGCUGACGAAGACCGCAUCUACAGAUAUCUUAUAACCUUCCAUCUCAAAUCAAAUGGAAGCACCAUCUCCAAGCACGGCCCGAUUAUCGUCAACGACGUGCCAUGCAUUAUCGUAAAACGCUUUGAGGAACCAGGUCGGACUUUUAGAGACAUUGCGAACAAAAUCACUGCAUGCACCGGCUGGAAAAACCAGGAGACUAUAAUUGAAGAAGAUCGGGUGUAUAACUCCACAUGGGUCAUACAGUUCAUGUGCCCCACCGUCAUGGACGGACGCGGGCGUAUGUAUCUUAUGGGGGAGUUGAGGAUGUCGGUGGUGGGCGAAUAUACGAGGAAGGAGGCACUAGAGAAGUUGUGGGUAGAAGUCGAACAGGAUGGUAGCGUUGAGAGAGGUGAAGAGGGAGAAAGCACUGGAGGAGCCGUGGGUAGGAGACCGAGACUCGACGACGGUAUUGAGGAUUCGGUGGUUUGCGAAGAUCACCACGGAAGAGGCGCUGGCGAAUACGUGGGUGCGGGCUGA